UUUCUGUUUUAUGUUUCACUUGAUCACCAUCUCAAUGCCAAUGCGACGUAGAGGGUGUCAGCAUGCUAAUCAUAAUUGAAAACGAAACAAAAUCAAUUAACUCGUGACAUUUUCAUGGCCAUGCACUGUAACUUCUUUCAGUUUUGAUUUGAACGCAUUAUUCACGAAAUGGGCAAUGAUGAUUCUUUGAAUUCACAACCAAACUUGCAUACUGCAUACCCAUUUGAUUCUAUUUAGGCCCAUGAUAGCGUUCCUCCUUCUUCUCCAUUCUUGCUUUUCUUUCAUUUUUGAUGACGCAUGCAACCCUCUCUGUUCUCGUUACUCUUUUUCUUGUUUUUACUUUUAACCCUUUUUAUGCAUUGCUUUGAACGCCAGACCUUGGGCAGAUACUGCAAGAAGCACAACAUCGUUGGCUCCGACCCACUGAAAUCUGUGAAAUACUUCGAAACUAUCGGAAGUUCCAACUAACACCAGAUCCACCCGUUAGGCCUCCAGCUGGCUCUUUGUUCCUGUUUGAUCGAAAAGCGCUCCGAUAUUUUCGCAAGGAUGGUCACAGGUGGAGGAAAAAGAAAGACGGGAAAACUGUGAAAGAAGCUCAUGAAAAGUUGAAGGUGUGCAGUUCAAUCUAUUAUUAGCUGGCAGUGUGGAUGUUCUUCACUGUUAUUAUGCCCAUGGAGAGGAGAAUGAGGGCUUCCAGCGGCGGAGUUAUUGGAUGCUUGAUGGGCUAUUAGAGAACAUUGUUCUUGUGCAUUAUAGAGAAGUAAGAGAGGGUUACAAGUCUGGCAUCUCCCGUUUGCAAGCAACACCCAGGCCGCCAUUUGAACGCUUUCAAAAUAGUUGUGGACAAGCAAACUCACCUGUUCCUACAAUUCAAAAUUCUUUUGCAACAAACGCAAACAGAGUUGAUUGGAAUGGACCAACAUUAUCACUAGAAGUUGAGGAUGUGGAUUCCGGUGAAAAUUCUGGAGCAUCUCUCACUCAAACUGCUUUUGGUUCCAUAUCACAUAAUGCACCACUGCUUUCAGAUGGAGUUACUGGAGUCGCAGAGUUAUCCAGGAACCAUACUGAUUCAUGGUAUCCCGGAUUUAAGUUAUAUCAUUCUGCUGGAUCAUCGCUCUGGGCUGGAAGUCACGGCUCAACCAAACGCGAAGAAAGCAUGCAUGAUCAGAAAUGUGAUGUUGAAGAACCUGGUGGAGCUGAAUUUAUAAUUCAUAAGCUUACUGAUUCUAAGUUGGAUGUUGAUAGUAAAAUUCAUGAUAUUGUUUCUUACAGUGAUAAAUUGAUACCAAGCACAGGCAUCCUGGUGGCAUCAUUGGUUUCUAAGAGAGACAUUCAGGUGUCACAGGAUCUUGGCUUUAAUUCCACUCGGCCCCCCUUUCAGUGUUAUUCUGACCCUCAGAUGGUAGCAACUUUCACUGAUGAAGUUGAGAAGAAAUCGGAAGAUAAAGUUGUUACUGUAUGUAACAAUGAAUCAGCAGAGCUGAAAAAAUUAGAUAGUUUUGGCAGAUGGAUGGACAAAGAAAUUGGUGUGGAUUGUGAUGAUUCCUUGAUGGCUUCCGACUCUGGAAAUUAUUGGAAUACACUUGAUGCUGAGAAUGAUGACAAAGAAGUAUCCAGUUUAUCACACCAUAUGCAGUUGGAGAUUGAUUCGCUUGGCCCAUCUCUUUCCCAGGAACAGCUAUUCAGUAUUUGUGACAUUUCACCAGAUUGGACUUAUCCUGGUGUUGAGACAAAGGUUUUAAUAGCAGGUAGAUUUUUGGGUAGCAAUAAGCAUUCUUCUGAGACCAAGUGGGGAUGCAUGUUUGGUGAAAUUGAGGUUCCUGCUGAAGUUGUCAUUGAUAAUGUUAUUCGAUGCAAAACUCCUUUACAUGCACCUGGACGUGUUCCGUUCUAUGUGACAUGCAGUAAUAGAUUAGCCUGCAGCGAGGUGAGGGAAUUUGAAUAUCGGGAGAAACCUCAGGUGAUUGCUGAGAACAGAGCACCAGAAGAUGAAUUGCGCUUACAGAUACGGCUAGGAAAAUUGUUAAAUUUAAGCCCAGAAAUGAAGUCAUUAAAUUGUUCUGGCCUUAAUUGUGAUAAAUGUAAUCUUAUAGGGAAAAAACCUUCAAUGAGAAUUAAAACUAACCACUUGACAUCGAGUGAUAUCUUGAUUCAAAAUUUGCUCAAGGAUAGACUUCAUCAGUGGUUGGUUUUCAAAACUCACGAAGAAGGUAAAGGGCCUAAUGUCUUUGAUGAUGAAGGCCUAGGAGUUAUCCAUUUAGCAGCUGCUCUUGGUUAUCAGUGGGCUAUCGGUCCCAUUAUUGCUGCUGGUGUCAGUCCCAAUUUUAGAGAUGCACGUGGAAAAACAGCUCUUCAUUGGGCAUCAUGUUUUGGGAGAGAGGAAACAGUUGUAGCACUGGUCAGAUUGGGUGCUGCCCCAGGUGCAGUUAAUGACCCAACUCCAGCUUUUCCAGGAGGGCAAACAGCAGCUGAUCUAGCAUCAAUUAAUGGACAUAAAGGGAUUGCUGGAUAUUUGGCAGAAGCAGAUUUGACAAGUCAUCUUUCUUCAUUGAACAUUAACGAAAAUGUAGCAGAUAUUCAUGAUGCCAUUGUUUCUGCUGAAAGUGCAAUUGAUACUGAAUCAAAAGUUGUCUCAUCAGAGUUAGGCAUUGAUAAUCAUUUCCUUGAAGGUUCUCUAGCUGCUUUUCGGAAAUCAGCUCAUACAGCCGCUUUAAUUCAAGCUGCCUUUAGGAAUCAUUUAUUAUGUCAUAAACAAUUAACAAAGAGCAGGGAUGAUGUUUCCAACGAUUCAGUUGACCUUGUUGUUCUGGAUUCUUUAAACAAGGUACAGAAGUCAAGUCAUUUUGAGGAUUACCUUCAUUCUGCAGCUAAAAAGAUUCAAAAGAAAUAUCGUGGCUGGAAAGGGAGGAAAGAAUUUUUGCAUAUACGCAGCCGUAUUGUUAAGAUUCAGGCUCAUGUCAGAGGGCAUCAAGUUCGUAAACAGUAUAAGAAGCUUGUGUGGUCUGUCAGUAUAUUGGAAAAGGUAAUACUCCGCUGGAGGCGCAAAGGAUCUGGUUUGCGGGGAUUUCGGGUGGAAAAGUCAACUGAAGAUGAAUCAAGAGGUACAAAAAGAAGUGAUGAUUAUGAAUAUCUUAUAAUUGGGAGAAAACAGAAGUAUGAUGCAGUAGACAAGGCUCUUGCAAGAGUCAAGUCAAUGGUUCGUCACCCCGAAGCACGCGAACAAUAUAUGAGGCUAGUUACUAAUUUUGAGAAGUUUGAGAUUGGUGAGGAUGAGAGCAGUGCAUGACAGAAAGUUGAUAGUUCAAAAUAGUGUUAUUGCCCAGUGGAACUAAUGGAGUGGAGCGCCAUUUCUGUUGUUGAUCAGCUCUGGUAAAAUCUUACUGCUAACUGAUUCCGGUGACAUGGUUUACUUGGAAGACUGUUAAUUACAUCAAAGUACAUAGGGAGAAGAUAGAGUUUUGUACAUGGUUUGUUCUUUUAUUUGUAUGCAUCUUAAUUUCUUUACAAACUAAUAGUUAGAUUUUAAUGACACGGAUGUAGGAAGAUAGAGCAGCUCUUACACCAAAAAUGAGUCUUUGACCAUAUUACACUACUAUAUUUUGAUAAUUUCUAGCAUAAGCUAACUGUAAUAUAUUACACUACUAUAUUUUUCUUCUGAUGGAAAUCUUUAAGGAAGAAAAUAUUUAUAUAUAUAUAUAUACAUUUUGCGUUGUA